GGCUCCGUGUCGUCAUAAGGCGGCGGCCAUUUUCCCGGGCGGAGGCUGCCCGAACGGGCGCUCGGAGAGCGGGGGCGGGCGGGCCUGAGGCGGUGCGGCGGCCGGGCGGCCUCGGCCCCCCGGUAAUCGCGUCUUCUCCCGGCGUCUCGUUUGCAGAGGGAGCACUAUGUCCGCGGAAGUCCCCGAGGCAGCCUCAGCGGAGGAGCAGAAGGAAAUGGAAGAUAAAGUGACUAGUCCAGAGAAAGCCGAAGAAGCAAAAUUAAAAGCAAGGUAUCCUCAUUUGGGACAAAAGCCUGGAGGUUCGGAUUUCUUAAGGAAACGAUUGCAGAAGGGGCAAAAAUAUUUUGAUUCUGGGGAUUACAACAUGGCUAAAGCAAAAAUGAAGAACAAGCAGCUUCCUACUGCAGCUCCGGAUAAGACAGAGGUCACUGGUGACCACAUUCCUACUCCACAGGACCUUCCUCAACGGAAACCAUCCCUUGUUGCUAGCAAGCUGGCUGGCUGAUUAAAAGAGCUGAACUGCA